AUGAAGUGGUUAACAUUAAUUUCAUUUGUUUUUCUCCUGACCUCUGCCAGAUGCAGGAAUCUGCAAAGAACAGCACGAGAUGCAGACCACAAGAGCCCGAUUGCCCACCGCUUCAACGACCUGAAGGAAGAGACAUUCAAGGCAGUUACCAUGAUUACAUUUGCCCAGUACCUGCAGAAGUGUUCCUAUGAUGGGCUGUCUAAGCUGGUGAAGGAUGUUGUGGAUUUGGCACAAAAGUGUGUGGCCAACGAGGAUGCUCCCGAGUGCUCAAAACCACUGCCCUCUGUUUUCCUGGAUGAAAUCUGCCAAGUGGACAAGCUCCGUGACUCAUACGGUGACAUGGCUGACUGCUGUGGGAAAGCUGACCCCGAGAGAAAUCAGUGCUUCCUGUCCUUCAAAGUUCACCAGCCAGACUUCAUUCCCCCAUACCAGAGACCAGCUGCUGAUGUCAUCUGCAACGAGUACAAGGACCACCGGGUGCAGCUCCUGGGAAAUUUUGUCUAUACUGUUGCAAGAAGAAACCCCUUCCUGCACGCCCCAGCCAUCCUGGGUCUGGCUGCUGAGUAUGAAAACGCACUUAAAAGCUGUUGCCCAGAGAGUGAUGUUGGUGCUUGUUUGGAUGCAAAGGCAGCUGUCAUCAAGGAGAGAGCCAAGAAGAUUGGUGUGAAGCAGAAGCAUGAGUGCCGAGUCCUGGAGAAGUACGGUGAGAGGACCUUCCAAGCAAGUAAACUCACCCGUAUGAGCCAGAAAUACCCCAAGGCUCCGUUUGCAGACCUUGUUAAGAUGGUCCACGAUGUGAAGGAUGUCUACAAAGAGUGCUGUGAUGGGGACAUGGUAGAAUGCGUGGAUGACUGGUCAGAGCUCGUGGCCUCUUUGUGCUCUAAACAAGAUGUUUUCUCAAGUAAAAUCAAGCCCUGCUGCGAGCUGCCAGUUUUGGAACGGACCAGGUGCAUCAUCGAGGCAGACUUUGAUGACAAGCCUGAUAAUCUUCCUUCACUGGUUGAAAAAUACAUUCAAGAUAAGGAAGUGUGUAAAAGCUAUGAGGCAAACCACGACGCAUUCCUGUCAGAGUUUGUUUAUGAAUAUUCACGAAGACACCCCGAGUUCUCCACACAUCUGAUUAUGAGGAUUACUAAGGGAUAUGAAACACUCCUGGAUAAGUGCUGCAAGACAGACAACCCUGCUGAGUGCUACGGAAAUGCUCAAGAGGAACUGAACAAGCACAUCAAGGAAACUGAGGAUGUUGUGAAAACAAACUGCGAGCUGUUCAACACCCAUGGAGAGGAAGAGUUCCUUAAAGGAAUUCUGGUCCGCUACACUAAGAAAAUGCCUCAGGUAUCCACGGACACCUUGCUGGAAAUCGGGAAGAAAAUGACAGCAGUUGGCAGCAAGUGCUGCAACCUUCCUGAGCAGAAACGCAUGUCUUGCUCUGAGCACUAUCUGAGCAUUAUCAUUGAAGACAUGUGCAAGAGGCAGGAGAGCACCCCCAUCAACGACCAGGUGUCACAGUGCUGCAAUGACCUCUACUCCUACAGGAGACCAUGCUUCACUGCCAUAGGCGUGGACACCAAAUACGUGCCUCCACCAUUUGAUCCCAUGAUGUUCAACUUCGAUGACAAAAUGUGCAGUGCUCCCCCAGCUGAGCGUGAAGCAGGGCAGCUGAAAUUGCUCAUCAACCUCAUCAAGCGCAAGCCCCAGAUGACAGAAGAACAGCUGAAGACAAUUGCUGGGGGGUUCAGUGCCAUGCUGGAGAAGUGCUGCAAGCAGGCAGAUAUUGACUCGUGCCUUGGAGAAGAGGGUGCUGCCCUAAUAGUCCAGAGCAGAACCAUAUUAGGAAUUGGUGUUUAACCCAGGGCAGGUAAGAGCAGUAACGCACAAACACCUUUGUCUGUCUGUCUGCCCCUUCCUGCCCACCCUUCCAUCCACUUAACUUCUUUAUCCCUGAAAAGCAUCCAGCUUCCCUUUAACCACCACCUGUGCUUUCCCUAAUUGCUUUACCAUCUGCCACUGCACAGGGCUGAGAAACCUGCAGUGCUAGCAGCGUGCUGCUAUGUUAUAAAAAAAAAAAAAAAAAAAACCCUUUUGUCUCUCCCAUCUAGGUUGCCAGUGGGAAAAACAUGAAGAACAAACUUUCUGUGUAACUUCUCCCACCCCUCAUCCUUUUUCCUUUGGUACUAAAUGAAUAUUUCAUGAAUCUUCUGUGUUUUGUCACACUAUGUACUUUUCAAUUCCUUUACUUAAAAAACAAAUAAAAAAUAAAUAAAGGCUUUAUAAAACUGCACCUGUCCUUGUCUGCUGGUGACCACCACAAAGCAAAGCUCUGCAGAGCUGCCUGCACCAAAUGCUUAUUCUAAGUAGAAUAUAUGGGCAAAGUGUGUUUCAGAUUUCUUUCUGUUCAUUGCUCUUGUAAAGUUUUUAUGAAAGAAUAUUAAACUGGUAAGGCAUUUAACUAGACUUUAAUACCCUGAUUCAAUUGCACGUUGAUUUUAGGCUUUACUUCAGCCAAUACAAUUAUAUAGUAAGAAAAGUUUCAAAGGUAUUGUUCGAUAAAGAGAAUCAUUAGCAAGGAGCUCUUCUUAAAAAAAAAAAAAAAAAAUUUUACACCAGCCACAAAUCAUUUGCCACAUCUCUUCAGUUGCAAAGGGUUGCAAACAGCCCUGCUUUAAAGACACUUUCCACGUCUUAACUAGUUUUUUAAAAAGUGUUUUAAAUUUCCUCCUGAAAAGCUCACCACGUAAAUCAUGCCCCUCACUGCAGGAAAC